AUGGACCACGGUGGCCGGAAAACUCCUCUACCAAAACCUUAUGUUCUAUUCUUACUAGUUAUACUAGCAACUCAGCUUGUAAAUGCCACUAUCAGCAAGUCCUCGUGUGAUUUUCCGGCAGUUUUCAACUUCGGCGACUCAAACUCCGAUACUGGUGGCUUGUCGGCGGCGUUUGGGCAGGCUCCUCCGCCCAAUGGAGAAACUUUCUUCCACGGUCCGGCUGGUAGGUACUCCGACGGCCGUCUAGUCAUCGAUUUUAUAGCACAGAGUCUGGGGUUACCCUACCUUAGUGCAUACCUAGAUGCUCUGGGUUCCAACUUCACCCAUGGAGCCAACUUCGCCACCGGUGGUUCCACCAUUAGACCACAAAACACGACACGUCAUCAAAGUGGUUUGAGCCCCAUUUCAUUAAAUGUUCAAUCAUAUCAAUUCAACGAUUUUCAUCUUAGAACUCAAACUAUUCGCAAAGCCGGUGGGAUAUUUAAGGAAUUACUUCCGAAACCCGAAGCAUUUUCACGUGGUUUAUACACAUUUGAUAUCGGACAAAAUGAUUUGACGGGUGGUUUGUUACUAAACUUGUCUACCCAACAAGUUAAAGCAUCCAUUCCCGAUAUCUUAGGCCAAUUCAAAACCGUAGUUAAGAGUGUACACGAUAAAGGAGGACGAUAUUUUUGGAUACACAAUGUGGGCCCGAUUGGGUGUCUACCAUACGUGUUGGAACAUUUACCAAUCACAGCCCAACAAAUGGAUAAAGUCGGAUGUGGUAAUCCGUUUAACGAAUUAGCCCAAUUUUUUAACAGUAAAUUGAAAGAUCUUGUGGACCGAUUACGUGAGGAACUACACGAAGCUGCAAUCACCUACGUUGACAUCUAUAAAGCCAGAUACAAACUCAUUAAUCAAGCAAGCAAAUAUGGAUUUGAGCAUCCCCUUAGAGCUUGUUGUGGGCAUGGCGGGAAGUACAACUACAACACACACGUUGGAUGUGGAGGGAAGGUCAAAUCAUGUAAAGAUCCUUCGGUUAUGAUCAUAUGGGAUGGGAUUCAUUAUACCGAAGCUGCAAAUAGAUGGGUUUUCGAUCAUAUUGUAAAUGGGUCAUUUUCUGACCCAUCACUCCCGUUACAAAUGGCUUGCCAUAGGAAUUCAGAUCAAUAAAAUUGUACAAGCACGACUCUAAUAAUAACUAAUAAGUGCAUGUUUGGUAGGAUAGGAUAUCGGAUAGAAUAAAUGAC